AAAUUAUGCCUUUUUACCUCAAUUGAGAGACCAGUGUGUUAGUCAAAUUUAGUAUGGCAUUGGUAAAAAUUAUUAAUUAAUAAUGAUAGUAUUUUUAGUAUAUGUACAUUGGUAAAAAUUAUUAAUUAAUAAAGAAUAGUAUUUUUAGUAUAUGUACUGAUUCAGCGAUGAUAAUGUCUUGUUGAAUAAAGUGCUGUUUUGUUUCUUAAUUGUACUACAAAAACAGGUGUACGUGUACCAAUUGUAAAAUUAUGACGACAAAAGAAUCUAAAUGCUGCAAUGAGAUACCAAUCAUUGUAUCAAAAAUGGAAAAGGUCGGCAUGGCAGGCCAAUGCAUCACUACCCACCCUGGUUUUACAAGCAUUUGCUUAAAUGAGUGGGUACUUCAGAUAUCUUUCUUGUCUUACCGACAGCAAUAUGGUGACAGGGCUGUGGUUCCACAUUCUAAGGAGGAGAAGUAUAGAUACAUCGCCUACAGAAAUCUUGUGCAGAGCUGCUGGGGAUUUUUAGGAAGAGAAAAGCUUGUGCCGUAUUACAGCUAUUCGACAACAUUUUCCUAGCCCUCAAGAUGAGGGAUAUACAGGCUUUAAACUUGGAAAAUUAAAGGAAAUUUAAAUCUUGUAUGAUUAUUAAAUAUUUUAAUUAGGGGCCUAGGCCUACUUAUUGAAGACUGAAAAGGCCGGCCUUUUCGCAAGUAAAUACUAAACUAAAAGGUAGCGAGAUGCAUUCUCUACUAACUCAUAGGCCUGCCCAGCCUACAUACAGUGUCUUUCACUCAUUCUUUAAUGUAGUUCAUGGAUUGUUUAUUAAUUAUUGAAAUAUCGUUGUUUGUAACUUGUUUAUAUAACGUGUUACCUUACAACUGUUGUAUUUAAUAAUAAUUCUAAUAUGUUAUAUGGACAUGCCUACUACUCCAUAUGUACUUACAUCUCGAUAUACAUACUGUACAAUCAUUUUAAAUAAACUUACAGUCGAAAAACA